UGACUUUUUGAACUUUAGAAGUAUUAUUUGUUUUUGUACAAUUGAAGUCAGAGGCAUGUACACUAUGGCAUCUUGUUUAAGUUUUAGCUAGAUCUUAUCGCGUUUGAUGUUAUAUCUUAUAUAAAUACUUUGUGGUGUACAUAGCUGACGAAGUAACUUUUUGUUUUGAAUGAUAAUGUAUAGAGAGAUAGAAUUAUGGUUAUAACUUUUUUAAAAAAAAUAUGAGCCGAAAGCAAACGCACUUUUUUGUUAAUAUCCUUAAAAUGUGAAUUGUCCUGUUACAACGCUACAGAAAAUCAAACACAGGAUCAACUUCAUUUUGGACAAUUAAGUUAAAUGCGGUCCUGUUGGGUGUUUUUAGUUUUUAGUUUUUGGUUUACUUUAUGUACUUCAUGGUUAUGAUACUUACUGAGUUUUUAUGCUUAUCUAGUAGACACUUUGACAUUGAAAUCAAGUCCCAUACAUAACUGACCUUUAGAUAUUGGCUAUUACUCGGAACUACUCCUCUCUAUGAAGUCGGGAAAAGUAAAAUUACUUCAGUUAGGUUUACGCUUAGAAUUUAAAACUCAUAACAAAAGUUUAUUUUAUCAAGUGAAAUCUUUCUGUUAAGCUUGGACACGUGAUUAUUCCAAGUUCUCCCACAAAAUUUAGGAUUUUUUAAGUUCACUCUUGAAAUAAAAUAAUUAAAUUUUAAGCAGAUAGUUGUAUUUUGAAUAAACUUUAAGCUUUUGAUGACGUCAUAGAAAAAGUGCUGACUUUAGUCAAAGUUUAUUGCUGCCAUUUUGUUCCGAUCAUGGCGUACAUAAGUGUGGUAAGUCUGAUUCCAUUUAGAAAAGCCUAUCAAAAGUUAUUGAGGGGAGAGUGAUGAGCCCUAAUUAUAAUAUGUCCGAAAUACCCCGGACCAACUAGGGUUAAACAAUACUCGGCAGCAGUCGUUUCCUGUAUAUUUGUGAAAGUCUCAUCCAAAGCUUGUUCGGCUAUUUACCAUAUUCUGUAACACACCAAAGUUGUUGUUGUUGUUUUAAAUUUCGUUCCACACUUUUUAUACAACACAUAACAGCGAAUAAUCAAACUGUUGUAUAUCGAUUGUCGCUGGGGAUUUAAUAUAUGAUAAUAGGGCAUAGAAAUCUGUUUAACAACUAAUUAGACUAAUUAUGCAAAUUAAAGGAGUUAAUCAUGCACACCUAAUGUAAAUGUACUUAAAUUUUGAUUUUCUUUCUCUAUAUUAAUGUCACAGUUGUCUGUUUGAUUUGUGAUGGGGGUGGACCGUUCCUUUGAUGAGUACUUCAUGAAGUUCUGGCCUUGUGCGGAUAAUUUAAAAGACGGUGUGUCUCGCGGUGACCACUGUAAAAAAGUUAUAAUUAUUUUCUGGAAAGAUGGUUACCUGCCUACUGAGAAGAAAUGUUUCUAUGGUUAAAAACCUUGGCAUUAUUCAAAUGGCCAAUGGUAUUGUAAUCCUAAUUCUUGGAAGCAGUGCAAGUUUCAAAUUCAGAGAAGAAGUUUGGAUAAACGAAAAGAGUGUGAUUUCUAUAGGCUUGUUACGAAUAUGUAUAGCAGGAGUAUUUGGUUCGCUGUUUACGUUGAAACACAACAACAGUGGAUUAAAUUGCACACAUAUGGUAUUUUGCUUGUUAUCAACUUUCAUCGCGGUCCUCAAUUGGAUUACGUUUGCGAUUGGUUUAAGGUUUUACAUCGAAUGUCGCGAAAACAUUCUUCUUAAGGAAGACAAAUUUGCUUUACAGGACGGUGACUUGCGGAUGUGUUCAGCUGGUGCUCGGAUAUAUGCAUGUCUUGUCACAGCUAUUACAGCGGAAUUGGUGGUUAACUUAAUUGUCACACUGUACUGCUAUCAAGCACUUGAUGGUUUUUGUAGACGAGCAGCAGCUUAUUCAAGCCAACCAUGGUAACUUUGUUUGACAUACACCGCGACGUCUCAUAGCGCAACGAAUUUAGCUGUAGAAGAAAAAUUCAGUGGGUUCAAAGAGGUUUCGAUAAUGGAGAAUUUUUCUGGGCUAUAUUCUUCACAGUAUUUAUCUGGGAAUUACUAACAUUGGUUGCCAUUAUGGCAUGGAAUUGUCGGAAUUAUUUCUGCAUUUGUUACCCUGCAUUUGUUACUGGAAAAUCAAAAAGGUCCCAGCAAUGUUCUUAUGGCAUCUGCUGGUUCUCAAUGCAUAUUUUAUUUGUUGUUACUAUCAUUAUUUUUAUUUUUCGUUUUUUCAU